UCUUUCCUUGUAGUGGAUCAAUAACUGCAUAGGAAGAAAAAAUUACAAAAGGUUCUUCAUCCUCAUGGUGUUUGCUCUUCUCUUGCUUAUUCUGCAGUGGGCUGUUGGGAUGCUUGUGCUGAUACUGUGUUUUGUUGAGAGAAGGAGAUUUUCUGCUGAAAUUGUUUCAAAGCUGGGUAGUAGCUUUUCCUUGGCACCCUUUAUCAUUGUGGUGGCUGUGUGCACUUUAUUAGCCAUGGUUGCUACUCUUCCAGUUGCACAACUUUUCUUCUUCCAUAUUCUUUUAAUAAAAAAGGGAAUCAGCACCUAUGAUUACAUUAUUGCUUUGAGGAAGCAAGAUCAGGAGCAGGAGCAACUUGCUGUUGGUGGGCAGCAAAGUCCGCAAAUGUCCCAAGUGAGCUCUUUUACUGGACUAAGCAGCACCAGUUCUUUCAAUCAAUUCCAUCGCGGUGCAUGGUGUACUCCGCCAAGAUUAUUCCUUGAGGAUCAGACUGAUGCUGAAGAUAUGACUGAUAAUGUUGAGACCACUCAGAAAUCCUUUGUUGUAUGCUCCCAUACCCGAAUCCUGCAACGACAUUAUACCUGUUCUGCUGAUGGAUCUGAUAAAACUAAGGAUCAGGCUGAUAAUAUUGGAUCCUGGUAG